GGCUGUGUGCUGGUCGUGCUCUGGAGUCGGCGUGCUCCGUGAUCGCUCGAGAUAUCAACCUCUACUACUACUAUUUCUACUUUUACUUCAAAGCGUUCAACCCUCCAGUCAGCGGUCAGGUUUUUUUUUCCUUCCCUUUGGGACAACCACUCAACUUCAACACCUCAGCCGUGAGUCUAUGAUGGAGAGCUGUGAAUACUUCACCUUGUGAAAAAUCCCAGAUGAAGAAGCGAUCCAAAGACCACGCUGAGACCAUUCCCCUGUCCUCUCCCACAGGCAGCAGCGGCGUUCAGGUUGAUCAUGGUUUCCAAAAAGUGUCUUUCAAAUCUUUCACUGGAAAUGGCCACACUGCAGACCACAACCCCUCUGCAAGUCCUCACAAGAAAAUCAAAGACCAAAAUGUACACGAUGAUAACCUCAAAAACACAGCGUGGGUUUUGGAGACGAGCAGUCAGGCAGAGGACAACUCCACAGACCCGCCCGAGACAAUGACAGAGACUUCUACUCUAACUUUUGUGGAUGCUCAGAUUUUAGAGGAGAACGUCCCAUGCACUGGCGGAGUUUAUUUGAAAGAGUUUGUUUUGAUUGAUGAUGAGGAUGAUGGGGAUAUGUCUUUGAGGGAGAAAACAGUGACAGAUAUCUCGGUAAUGGACAGCAGGGCGGCUGAGCUUGUGUGCGGGCGAAUAGGGUCCACCUCCAGCGGGUCCCUGACAGAGUCCAAAGAGGAAAUGCCAGUCUCUCUUGAAGUGUCCCCCGCUGAACAAACACAGAUACUGCACACAAGGAGGCACUGCUGUCACUGCGUCAUAUUAUGA